AUGGCUGGCGCAAAGAAGAAGAAGAAGCCGGCAGCCAAUCCGGCGCGAGGCUUUGCGACGACCUCUGUUGCGUCCAAGCCUCGCCUGGAAAUAGCAGAGCCGACAGGAUCUCAGCCUUCUUCGGGCGUCAGCACUCCCAAGACUGCCCCUCCAGCUGGAUCAGAAGCAACCCCGCUACCAUCGAAGCCAACCGCGGCGAGUGGCGAGCAAACAACAGCCAAGGAAACCGUCCUGAGCCCCGAAGAGUUUGAACGACAGCUCGAAGAAUCAGAACUGCAACUAUUUGUAGAAAAAUAUUCGCAGAAAGUCAAGCGAGAUGCUCAACGCCAGUGCUCUCGAUUGGAGACCGAUCGGCGCCUGCUUCGGAGCCAGGCUGAAACUAUCAACACUCCAAAAUGGCUGCCUCGGGAAUUGAUGGAUCAUAUCCUUGACCUGAUCAAGGCUGAAAGUCGCUUCUAUGCCUCUAGCCUUUCAUCCGAAAACGUUGGGCCUGGAAAGAUGCCCUCUGAAGAAGAGUUGGUAUCACGCAUCUGGACGUUGCAGCAGACGCUCUCUGGGGCCGCCUUUUCCGAAAAAAUUGUCGAAAGCGCUAUACAACAUAUCUUGGAUAUCGCACCAAACAUAUCGGCCGCUCCUCGAGAUUAUAUAUGGGGUCUAGAAGAAGCUCUGGAAUGGCUCGCUCGUGAAUCUCCGCUUGAAGAUCUCCCCACGUACGGGACUAGGACCAAGGCAGUUUCCAAAGACGCUACCGAUAGUGCAUCUGGGCCCCCGUCUCGCACAAGUACACCCAAGUUAAACGUAUCUCAAGCCGGUCGUACGGAGAAAGGCAAUGCACCGAAUGCUCGCCCUGGCAAAGCCCGGGCAUCUCCAAUUGCUACAUUCGAUGGCGAUAUUGAGCCGGAGAAUUUGAUACUAGAAUACGUCGCCACAAAGGCAAAGUUACUCGAGCUGGGCCACCUGGAAAAAGGAGCGCAGUCUAAAUCCACUAAGCCGCAGGCCAUAGAAUCUGAUGUUCUGUUUGACAAAUUCUUGGCAGAGCAACAAUGGAAGAAAGAGAAAGUUGUUCUGGAGAAGCAACUUGCUUUGGCUAGGAAGAGUGCUGCCACUGACUCAAACAGCCCGUCACAGUCUGAAGAACCCGCGCCAACAUUGGAAGCGGACGAUGAUAUUACUGCUAUAGCUGAGAAGAUGGCUCAAGAGCUCCUCGCCGAGAAUAAUGAAGACGACGAUAUCGCAGGCUUAUUCGAAUCUCUCCCCCAGAGCGAAGUCGACCCGACCACAGGAAAGCUCCAGACGGUAGUAAACUCUUCAGAUGGAGUAAAGCUUAUUAUUCGAGAAUUUUCUAAAUGGACAGGAGUCGCCCCAAAACGAAUCUUGGAAGACGCCUGUCGUUCUAGAGACCCAUCUGUCAAUAUCAAGUUUACAGUCGUUUCUGAGGCUACUUUUGCUAACCGCCAUUCGGUGGAUAUUUUGUGGUCAAAGCCGCAGGACCCUGCCCAGAUUGUGGCCAGCGCGGACGUUGAAGCAGUGAUUGACCCGUCACACUUCAGGUUUACCAUGACCAAGGUUGCUACGCCGGAUACGAAGCAAUCAGAGGCCUACAUUGCCACUGCGGCGCUGUUCCACAUAUUCAAUGGUAAUCCUAAGGAAGAAAAAGUUAACCUUAGGCUUCCAACUGUCUGGCGCGAUUUUUGGUCUGAGAUGGCCGAAGCCAAAAAGGGCCAUUUUGAUGCGCAAGAUCGAUUAGCCGUGAAGCAGCUCAAGGCCCUUGUCCGUCAAAGGCAGGAUCAAGAGCUUGAAGACGGUGUUGUUCUACAGGGUGCGUUCCGGGGUCGCAAUAAUGCCAAGGCUUCGCCAGAGGCUGCCGAAAUAGGACAUGUCGAGCGAUCGAAGAACGUUGAGAGCGAUGACAAUUUGAAAAAGCUAUGGGCAUCGAAGUCGGGUAGGAAGAAAUAUGCAGCCAUGCUAGAAUAUCGAGUACAGCUUCCCAUGUGGAAAUUCAAAAAUAAUGUUUUGGAUGCUGUAGAUAAUAAUCAAGUUAUAAUUAUCUGCGGAGAAACCGGUUGCGGCAAAAGUACACAAGUCCCGGCGUUUUUGCUGGAGCAUGAGCUGUCACAAGGCAGACAAUGCAAAAUAUAUUGCACGGAGCCUCGUCGAAUUUCAGCCAUAUCCCUAGCUCGCCGAGUAAGCGAGGAGUUGGGCGACGAAAGGGGUGACUUGGGGACUUCUAGAUCCCUCGUUGGCUAUUCUAUCCGCCUUGAAUCAAACACGUCCAAAGAAACACGGCUUGUAUAUGCUACCACGGGAAUUGUUAUGAGAAUGCUUGAAGGUUCAAACGACCUUGGCGAAGUCACACACCUAGUACUCGACGAGGUCCAUGAACGCUCCAUUGAUAGCGAUUUUCUUCUCAUCGUUCUCAAGCGUCUCUUGAAACGCCGGAAAGACUUGAAGGUUAUUUUGAUGUCUGCUACUGUUGAUGCAGAGCGAUUUUCUGCGUACCUAGGUGGUGCGCCUGUUCUCAACGUCCCAGGAAGAACAUUCCCGGUCAUGGUCCGCUAUCUAGAAGAUGCUGUUGAGCUUACUGGCUAUACCCCCGCCAAUUCAGAAUCUGAUCGGCUUGUUGAUCUCGAUGACGAUGUAGGCGAGAUCGAAGUAGAGGGCUUGAAAACAGAAAUGGCACAGAGCCUCGCAGGCUAUUCAAACAGGACCAAGACGGUUCUCGCUCAGAUGAACGAAUACCAAAUCGACCUCGACCUUAUUGUGGAACUGAUUGCUCGAGUUUCUAUAGAUGAAUCACUACAGCAAUACAGUAAUGCAAUCCUGGUCUUUUUACCCGGAAUUGCAGACAUAAGAUCAUUGAACGAUAUGCUAUUGGGAGACCCCCGGUUUUCCGCUGGCUGGCUUGUUUACCCUCUACACUCUACGAUCGCCAUGGAGGACCAAGAGGCAGCUUUUCUUGUACCACCUCAAGGCAUGCGAAAGAUUGUAUUGGCGACGAAUAUUGCAGAAACUGGAAUCACUAUUCCAGAUGUUACCUGUGUCAUCGAUACGGGCAAACAUCGCGAAAUGAGAUUUGAUGAGAAGAAGCAGCUUUCCCGGCUGAUCGACACAUUCAUAUCAAGAGCUAAUGCAAAGCAACGAAGAGGACGUGCUGGUCGUGUGCAGAAUGGACUUUGUUUCCACAUGUUCUCCCGGUAUAGGCACGAUACACUUAUGAGCGAUCAGCAAACUCCGGAGAUGCUCCGCCUCUCCUUGCAAGAUCUGGCGAUACGAGUCAAGAUCUGUAAGAUAGGCGGCAUCGAAGAGACGCUAGGUGACGCUUUGGACCCUCCCUCGGCAAAGAAUAUACGUCGGGCUGUUGACGCACUUGUGGAUGUGCGGGCCUUGACUGGCACAGAGGAUCUCACCCCUCUUGGUUAUCAAUUGGCAAGAUUGCCUCUGGAUGUUUUCUUGGGAAAACUCAUCCUCUUGGGAUGCGUAUUUAAAUGCCUAGACAUGGCCAUCACCGUCGCGGCAAUCUUAUCGUCCAAAUCGCCAUUUUCUGCUCCGUUCGGACAGCAAACGCAAGCAAAUAAUGCGAGAGCAGCUUUCCGCCGUGCAGACUCGGAUGUCCUUACAACUUACAAUGCAUAUGUAGCGUGGAAGCGAGUAUGCCAAGCGAAUGGGGGUUACGGAAAAGAGUUCCAGUUCUGCAGAAAGAACUAUCUCAAUCAGCAGACGCUCACCAACAUUGAGGACCUAAAGGGGCAACUUUUGACGUCUCUAGCCGACUCCGGAUUUCUAUCCCUGACGGAGGAUGAGCGGCGAGCUCUAUUAAAGCUUCGAUUCUCUUCCGGUGGGCGCAGCCGUCGUCAGCAGCAAUUUGUCGAGGUACCCCAGCGAGUCAACCUCAACAGCGAUAACGAUAUUGUAUCAACUUCCGUUAUUGCGUGGAGCUUCUAUCCUAAGCUUCUCGUGAGAGAUGCACCAGGUUCCAAGGGGCUUCGCAAUAUAGGAAACAACCAAUCCAUUAGCCUUCACCCAAGCUCUGUCAAUCGUGGACUGUUUGAGAUCAAAUGGCUAUCGUAUUAUACGAUAAUGCAAACCAAAUCGGUUUAUCGUGCACAUGAAACCAGUGCCACGGAACCUUUCUCGAUAGCACUGCUUUGUGGUGACGUACGCUGCGAUCUAUACUCUGGCGUUAUAGUGUUGGAUGGUAACCGGGGUCGCUUCGCCAUACCGGAUUGGAAGACAAUGCUCGUCAUUAAAGUCUUGCGCACACGCUUGCGAGAACUACUUACUAGGACCUUCAAGCAACCCGGCAAGCUGCUUACGGCACAGCAGGAGAAAUGGUUCGACGUGUGGCAGCGUCUAUUUUCCCAGGAUUUUAACCAGGAUAAGAUUGUCAACACCGUGAGUCUCUAG